AUGCAUCGUAACAAAGAGAAACCAAAAGCCAUCGACCUCUCGCACCACCUCUCGAAUGUCUCCAAAGCCAGGAAGACAUCCCCCUUGAAAGGAUUGCAACGAUACUCGGGCAAGGAAGGGGUAGUGCAGAUGGCUGGAGGUUUCCCCAGUCCUGCAUAUUUUCCCUUCUCAGAGCUGAGCGCCGAGGGCCUCGUCCCCGACAGCUUUCCCUUAUCGCCUACGUCGUCUUCAACAUCCGCCUUCUCUUGGUUGUUCAGGCUUUUCCAAGGCUCGAAACCCCCAGAGAAGACUACUCAUUUGACGAUACCCAAGUACCCCGCAGCCCCAAAUGACCUAAACUUGGCUGCUUCUUUACAGUACGGUAAGCCCGAACCUGACUCUCGAAUCAAGCGCCUAGCCUUAUCACUAAGUGAAUCCGGAUUCUCUACAGGGAUGGCGAAAGGCGUUCCGCAGCUGCAGAAGAUCUUAGACGAACUCGUAGGUAAAGUCUACAAACCGGCUUAUGAAGAUAGCGUGAUACUGGUACAUGCUGGCAAUACAGACGGGUGGUUCAAGUGUGUGCAGACAUUCUGCAACCCAGGUGACGGGAUACUGGUGUCGGAAUGGACUUACCCAUCCGCUGUCGCAACUAUGGUUCCGUACGACAUCAAACCUGUCCCCGUGCCAAUGGAUGGGCUAGGUAUGAGUAGCGUAGGCCUUCGAAAAGUCCUAGAGGAGUGGGACGGGAGUGUCUCUGGGAUGCCUAGGCCUCGUGUGAUGUACAUCGUACCAAUUGGCCAGAACCCAACCGGCGCCCCGUCGACUGAUGAAAUAGGAAAGACCAUGGGUAUUGAACGAAAACAAGAAAUAUACAAUAUCUGCGUCGAGUUCGAUGUCCUCAUCGUCGAAGACGAUCCCUAUUAUUUUCUUCAGGAGGCCCCCUAUGUUCCCAAGUCAAAACGCUCCGCGAUUGCUCGGUUCAACAGCGACGAAGAAUACCUGUCACACUUGGUUCCAAGCUUCUUGAGCAUCGACUAUCAAGGGAGGGUGAUCCGUCUCGACUCUUUCUCCAAGACCAUUACACCUGGGUGUCGCCUCGGAUGGUUUACUUGCAAUUCAACUUUCGCCGAGCGCUUCGAACGGCAAGGAGAAACGACUACGCAAGCACCUUGCGGGUAUGGUCAGUCGAUUGUGACAGCGCUCUUGUUAAAUUGGGGGUAUGAUGGGUAUAUUCGAUGGCUCAGAGCGCUUGCUUCUCAGUACCAACUUCGGCGCGACUUCAUCUUGGAUUGCUUGGGCGAUGAGUUCCACUUGAAGCUCCAUUACGAGACAUCCGGCGUCUGGAGUGGCUGCGAUAUUUAUAGGGCGUAUGGCAAGGCUCCUGCCGAUGUCGCCUUCAACGAGAAGCUUACCACAAUCAAGCCCAUGUUCUCACUAGUGCCUCCCACGUCUGGCAUGUACAUCUGGGCAAGUUACUUGUCAGCUUCUACGUGUUUGCAACUCCAUCUGGACAAUCAUCCUUCGUUCGAUGGCAAUGGGGAGACCCUUGAAAUGCAGCUUUGGAUAGACCUUGCUGAAGCGGGAGUUUUAUUCGCGCCUGGCUGGAUGUUCUCAGCCAAGGAAGAGAACACUGACGUGCCCGGCGAAGGCCAUUUCCGGAUAAGCUUCAGCAAUGCAGAUGUAAGCACACCUUCCUCUGCGUCACCGAUACUUGAUAUGAAAGCUCCCGGAUGGCGCAGUUCGAAGUCAUGA